AUGUCCGACCCAGCAGGCGAUGCUUCCAACUGGGAGCGGUCCGAUGCGCGAGCCCGGCCGGCGCCGACAGUCAACACGAUCCGCCGCAUCCGCCAGGCCUGCACGAAUUGUCGACAUCGCAAGACCAGAUGUUCCGGCGAGCGCCCCCGAUGCAUGAACUGCCGACGAGUCGAUCGCGUCUGUCACUACGAACCCUACUCGGCCACCAACCCCCCGAACGCAGCGUCCAGCAAUGGUUCCGUCAAGGGCAGAUCGCCGUCUGCUCCCUCUGCAACGUCGACUCUCUUCCCUCGCACCGGUCUGCUCAACAGGAUCAACACCAUCGAAUCGCAACUAGCCCAGCUGCACAGCCAGGGCUUGAUAGCAUCCUCCAGCUACCAGGAACUCUCGCCAGAGUUCACAGAGCCAUCACCGCCUCAGCAGCAAUUCCCACCUUCCGUCCCCGAAACAACAGAGCCCGUACCCGAUAUUUCGAAUGCAAUGUUUACCACCGCGCCGCCUCCCCCAGUCAUGGCUCACCUCAUCGACACUUAUUUCCUCCACGUUCACAACCAGCCAUACACAUAUUUUCACGAGCAAAGCUUUCGAGAGAGACUAAACUACGGCGUUGUACCCAAAUGUUUACUCUUCGCCAUUUUAGCAUCAGCCCUCAAGUUCUCAGAUUCAGACUACUUUGCAGGAUGUAGACGCGAAGCUACCGAAGCAUAUGCUAGAGAGGCGUGGCUGGCUCUCCUCAAUGACCACCUAACCGUCGAAAACAACCCUAGUUUACAGGUCGCACAAGCUAGUGGUCGUACUAGCUCAGGGUGGCUCAAGAUUGGCCUUGCUGUCCGCAUUGCCCAAGACUUACAGCUAAUGAAGGAACCUAAAAAUACAUUGAGCCCCAUCGAACAAGAGGAGCACCGCCGAGCCUUUUGGUCAAUAUAUCUGCUCGAUAAGCUAGUCUCAGUUGGUCAAAGCCGGCCGCCGGCUAUAUCUGAAGAGGACAUACACGUUCAGCUACCCGUAGACGAGGAGACAUUCAGAAGGGGCAUCUGGAAGAAAACACCGACGCUCCACCAGCUUAUCAACUGGAAGUCAGAGGGGGACGUUGCAGUCAACAGCACUUUCACUCAAACGAUACUCGCCGCCACAGCUCUUGGACGAUGCGUACGAUAUGUCCUACACGGGCGAGAAAUUGACGAGAUGCCGCCUUGGGAUCCCAGGUCCGACUUCACAUUACUAAAUACCUUCCUACUCCUCAUCGAUCAUCACCUCCAAGUAGAGACCAUCCCCAUCCCUCAGAUUGUGGAGCAGUAUCGCAAGCCCGACGGCACGUUGGAUUUCCAGUCUCUUGAACAUGUUGUGUUUGCUCGCAUCACUUUCCACACUGCCCACUGUCUGCUCAAUCAUCCAUUUCUUCUCCGAAUGAGACUCCAGAAAGGAAACUGCAAGGUGCCACCAAAAUUCUUGACCCGCUCAUUCGAAGUCAGCUGUGAUCAUGCUCGAGCAAUAUCUUCCGUGGUAGAAGACGCCAUCGCCUCUGGCUGCCACGUACAAUCCUCAUUUUAUGCAUACGCCUCCAUUCUUGCUGGUGGUAUUCUCUCCUUGGCUAUCCAUAUCGACCAGGAAAAGGGACAAGUCACGGACCCAGAACUACUAAGUCAUUACCAAAAAGCCAUUCACAUCUUGGAACGGGUGGGGAGAAGGUGGGAUCAUGCUUCGAAAAUGCAUCUUCAAUUAAUGCUCUUCGACGCCAACUAUCACUCCCUGUCUGCCCUUCUGGACUCGACAUCUCCGGAGGUUGAUCCAAAGCUGGAAGCUGCUUUAUGGCUGAUGGUCGAUUACGUGGCCAUGUCCGCACUCAACGAAAAUGCAUUGACACCGCCCCCUCUAUCGACCGAUACGUUUCUGAGCCCGCUCGAUUCUCAAAUGAAUAUUGAGAAUAACGAUGGGUUCACGGGCAUGCCGCCCGAUGCGAAUACUGAUCCGAACGUUGCGUUUCUUGGUAAUGGUAGCGUGCCACUAUGAAAAUGGCUUUUGAUUUGUCUUGAUAUAUGACAAAUGGUGAAAUGAUGUAAAACUCCUUUUGGAUUCAGCAGUAUGACUUAUGCACAUAUCAAUUUGGGAAAAUCGACAAUUAGGUAGUUUCGCAUGUUUGGCGCCUCUUCGGAUCAGAAUUUUAUGAUAUUAAUGCAGCAGUGCUUCUAUUAGCGCUCGUUCAUUGCG